CAUUAACGAUGUUGUAUUAAUUAGCCUCGUUUUCAUUUUAGCCUCGUGUUCAUCCCGAAGGCUUAUCUUCCUCAAUACACCAUAUAUAAGUAUCGUGAAUGUAUAUUUAUCUUGACAGGGAAACCGCCGACAUAACAGAUGGCGUAUUUUAAGCUGACCAUCCUUGUCAUAACGAUCGUUAUUGGAUUACAGCAUGGUCCGGUCCAUGUUAGCUGUCAGUUUUUUCCACCGGCACCUGGAAUAGGUGCAUUUCAACCACCAGGAAUACCCCCAGCUCUCCCCCCAAAUGCAAGGUUAAUUCCUAUACCGGUACCUGUACCUCAACGAAUUCCUAGACGAGGUGACGAUGACAGAAGACGACAAAUUGUACUAGUGAACGGCGGGGGACCCGGACCUUUUCCACAAAUUGGAGGAGGAAUGGGUUUGCUUGGAGCGUUGUUGCCCCUGCUAAUUUUAUCCGCGUUAUUGGGAUCAUUUCCAAUUCCUACACCUGCACCUCCAGUAGUAGCACCAACACCUGCAGCGCCUGUUGUAGUUACCGUUCUUGUUACCCCACCAGGGUAGAUAAAAUGUUUGUGAUAAAAUAUAUAUUGUGUGUACCCAACGUGUGUGUUUUUGCGAUAAUAAAUCAGUAUAAUUCAAUAA